AUGGCAGAUGCAUUUCCGACUUAUACGCACUUCUCCAAUUAUCCCGCCGCCUACCUCCACGAUUCUCUGGACCUCUAUCAGCCUCACCCCAGCCGGCUGGUCCAACACCACCAGAUGCCGAGGGCUACUGAAUCGAAACCCCGUCUCUCAAAGGAAGAAGUCGAACUUUUGGAAGCCGAGUUCCAGAAGAACCACAAACCUAGCAGUACGACCAAAAAAGCCCUGGCUGAAUCCAUGAGGGUCGACAAUGCUCGCAUCAACAACUGGUUUCAAAACAGACGUGCUCGUGAGAAGAAAGAGAACAACAUCAGGGAAUAUGAGGCGAAGCAGCGAUUGGAAAAGGAGAGGUCCGAAGCCUCGGAGGGUUCUCAACCUGACAACAUGCGUCAACGUGACCUGGUUGCUUCCAGCGCCCCGUUCCCCCAACCAGGCGUGAGCACGAAGCCAGAGUCGGAAGCCGCCUUGUCGCCCUGUCCAUCGGGCGAGGCUAAUGAGCAUAGCCAAAGCGAUGAAUCUGACCUUCUCUCACCGCUCUCGCUCCCCAUGACGCAGGAAAUCAGCAUUGAUGGUCAGGCCAGGUUGAACGGACUCUUGGUCAAGACUGAGCAGGAGGACGAUGAUAACUGUGCCCUGUCGGACCAGAUGGAUGAAUACUUGGCUAUGCAGGAUAGGUCCAUGCUAGCCGUCGCCUCGAAGGCAGCCGAGCAGCAGUUCCUGGCCGGGUUUGGUGACCAAGACGAUGUGGACAGACGUGGGCAAGAUGGCGACUCGUCGCCGUUCUCCGACGAUUCGGAGCCAAGGUCUCCUGAAGGGGCUGACAUUGCCAGUCGCCGAAAUCGACGCCCGGCGCCGCUAUCCAUCGCCGGUGGCCGGAGCCACUCGUACUCGUCUAGAGCUUGCGACUUUUCGAGAGCGGGCGAUGGAGCCGUCUCCAUGCGCAGGAUUUCUUCCAGCACGGGAUCGGGCCGUGUGAAAAAGUCUGCUGCCACGCCUCGAAGCCCAUUCUUUGACAGAGGUGCAGACAUUCUUUUCCAGCGAAGGCAUUCGCCCAAUGGAAUUGCGCGCCAAGGAUCUGCGGCACCCCCCACGCCGGACACUCCUGUUGCCCUUCAGCAGCACGGGUCGGUGGAUGCUGCCAUGCCCUCACUGUACUCGCUCGAAGGCAAGUAUACGCCACCCGAUGUUGUGAUGUCUGAUCCUACCUUGCGCACACCACCGACCACUCCAGGCUUUGGCGACUCCCUUUUCCACCUCGGCGCCGGAUAUGAGCUGGGCAUCUCUGAAGAGACCAUCGUGGCCCCUGGCAUUGACCGAGCCAAUCGCGGGCUGGAAAUGGCCAGCAACCCUGCGGCGUUUGCCAGCUACAUACUCAACAACAACGCACAAUGUACAGGUCAACACCAGGUGGCCUCUCUGUUUCCAACACAACUGGGGCAACCUUGUUUUGGUUUCAUGGGCACCAGCGGCAACUCUGAGUACAAUUGGUCGGACUUGUCACCUUCGGCAACAUCCACAUGCUCGAAUUCACGACAAAGAUUCACGGCUCUUGGUCACGUUCAAAACUAG